UCAAGUUCAAAUGCAUGAGUAGAAUUUCAUGCGGGAAACAAUACUAACAAAUAGAAACGCUGAAAUCCUUAACAACCAAAAAGCUACAAGGAUAAGUCAUUAAAAUAUAAACAAACUCUUACUAACAUAAAAUAGCACAGGACCCAUAUAAUGUCCUUUUAAACAAAGGUAAUUGCUGCUAGGGGCCUGCAAAUGCUUCUCUGCCUUAUGCAAUAUGGAUUUGUCAACGUGCUUUGGUUUAUAUGUAAUAAAAUUUCCACGUAGGCGAAAAGCUUGGAUCUUAUUCCCAGAAUCUAGCACAAAGUGAGUGUAAAUUUCAAACGAGAAAAUACUGUGGCAGUCAAUGAGACAGGGGCUACCGACUCUGAGAAAAAGCUAUAUAAUUCAUGUGCUCCUGGCAAUAGCACUUCCUGAUACAGUUGUCUCUUAGAUAAGUUAAGAAAUUGGACCAUUUCAUAAGAGUCUUCCAGGAAAUAAAUACUUGGUUUGGAUGUCGAGUUUGAGGGGUGAUAGUUUGUGAAAUCAGUGUGGUCUAAAUUUCUUGAUUGAUGACUCAAAGAACAGAAUAAAUGGCAUGUCCGAUCAUUUCUUUUUAGAGAAUUAAUUGAACCUUUUUUAUUCUCUUGAAAUAAGGUUUUCUAAUAAGUCCUUGCUGCUGCCUCUUUGGAGGGCAUUUUAAAAGAAAGGGGGUAGGUAAUUUAGCAGCCCAAAUCAGCUGGGUCCUAAUUCCAGCCACUGACCUGGACACCUCCCCUGUAUGUCAGAAGGCCUGACUUACUUCUUCAGUGAGGUUGGGACAGAAUUUCAGGUCUCAGAGAGGAGUCUGGGUGAUGGAGUCAUUGCUGCCAAGAGCUGCUCUGUUAGCCAGAAGGCCAUUGUUACUUAAUGAAGCCCUUCCCCUUGUGCCUUUCCUCCUUUUACCUGGAAGUGGACCCUUGUUAUAACAUGUAGGUAAUAAUAGUCUCCCACGAGACAAUAGUACAUUCACUCUUUCCCCCAAACAUUACAAGCUGUAUAAUUUGGAGAAGAAAGCAAGAACUAGACCCUUAGCGUCUAUUUGAAAGACAAUCAAUCUUCAAGAAAGCAGGCCUGUCAUCACUCUUUGUGACAGUUCUUUAAACGGCAAAGUGAGAUAGUGGAGGUUUGGGUCUCGUAAAGGAAUUGGUGGAUAAUAAGGCACUGAGGCCGCUCUGCAGUCACCACUGAUCUAUGGCCCCGAGGUCUUCUGGCUUUAGAUCCUCUUCUCCUUUGCACUCACUCUGGACCCCACCUUGAGCCCUACUUAGGACCAGGUGAAGACACUGAGCCCCCAGGGAAAGGCCCCCACCACCCAAGGUGCUGAGGAGCCCAGGGCGCAUCCCAAGAGUAGAGAGCCUCCCAGUUUCCCCGCAGACCCUAGGGAAGGGCGUGAACUGGACAGAAGCGCAGUGGUGUUUUGCCUCUUGGAAAGUUUCUGCCUUGCCUCUGGGCUUUGCGGUGUAGAGUUGUCCGCUGCCUCUGGCCCUGAAGCCCUGGCUCCUGUUUAAUAUUCCUCCUGCUCCGUUGAUGUUGUGCUUGGCUCCUGUGGGACUGCAACUCAUGGCUGGAAACUGGAGCCAAUUUUCUGUCUUCAUCUCCCAGUGUUUUGACUGGAGGCAGAUCCAGUUCAGGCCAAUCAGGGCUGGUGGAAACAACUACCAAGUGUGUCUCUGUCUGCUUCGCUUUGGGAGAAGAAAGUGGAGAGAGCCCCAGAAUGCUGUGGAGGAACUGGCCCUGCAGAAACAGAGGAAGAGGGGGCAGCGGGCAGCGGAACAGACUGAACAUCUGAGGCUGUCAGAGAUGACUCUGGUUCUGUCCAUGAAUAGAUUCUGCGAGCCCAUUGUCUCGGAAGGAGCUGCUGAAAUUGCCGGGUACCAGACACUAUGGGAGGCUGACAGCUACGGAGGCCCAAGCCCCCCAGGGCCAGCACAGGCUCCUCUGCAGGGAGACCGGGGAGCUGGUCCCCCACUGGCAGGAUCACAUUACAGGGGAAUUUCAAAUCCUAUAACAACAUCCAAGAUCACAUACUUUAAGAGGAAGUAUGUGGAAGAAGAGGAUUUUCACCCACCACUCAGCAGCUGUAGCCAUAAAACCAUCUCAGUCUUUGAGGAACGAGCCCACAUCCUUUAUAUGUCCUUAGAAAAGCUAAAGUUUAUCGAUGAUCCUGAAGUGUACCUCCGAAGAUCUGUCCUUAUAAACAAUUUGAUGAAAAGGAUCCAUGGAGAAAUUAUCAUGCAGAAUAACUGGUGCUUUCCUGCCUGCUCUUUCAAUGGCACCUCUGCCCAGGAGUGGUUUAUGGCUCAAGACUGUCCUUACCGGAAACGACCUCGGAUGGCCAAAGAGGAGUGUGAAAAGUUUCAUGCCUGCUGCUUGUACCAAGAAUGUGGUGGUCACUACCUAAAUUUACCCCUUUCUGUCAAUGCUAAUGUCGGAAAUGCCUCCACCACUGCCUCUUCCUCCUCCUCAUCUUCCUCUUCCUCUCCCCCUCUGCCUUUACCGAGCUGUUCCCACCAGGUGGAUUUUGAUGUAGGCAGUGCACCUAUUUACAAGGGGGAUGGCCAGAUACCUGCCAAUGAAAUCUUUGUUACUAACGUGAGGUCACUUGGUGUCCAGGAAAAGGCCAGAUUAAACGAGAAAGCAAAUGAUGAUACCAACAGGGAUGGUGGCCCCCUAAGCCAUGAACCUGUGGGAAAUGACCUUGCUUUUGAGUGCAAAGGCCAAUUUUAUGAUUAUUUUGAGACUGGAUAUAAUGAAAAGAGCAAUGUAAGUGAGUCGUGGAAAAAGUCCUUAAGGAAAAAGGAGCCUUCACCAAGUAACAAACUGUGCUGCAGCAAAGGAAGUAAGAUAUGAGCCGUCUUCUCCCCGAACCUUUGACGCACGCACAGCAUGAUCAGUUAGCUCUCAUAAAUUGUAUUUUGAAUGGAUUUUAGAGUUUUGUACAACUGAUACAAUUAUGCCAUGAACAUGCCAUGUCAUUUUCAUGCCUGGAGAGCAGAUUGCAUAAAACACCUGUAUAGUAGGCAUCGGCGAGCUACUUAUAAGUGUGGUGACGUUACCGAGAACACAGUUGACGCUUAAAAGUAUAUCUUAGUUUUCUUACAGAAAAGAUCAGUAGAUUCGAAUGGGGGACAAUGUGCCCUUGUGAUAUUUCCGUGACCUCCAGGAGCCUGUCACUAGCGAAGAACCUUCCACCUGUUUGCCACCUAAUUAGGUAGUUAUUUGGUAAGCAAAUCAAUAUAACCAGCAAAGGAUGUCUGCUGCUUCUCUGUGAUACAGUAUUUUUUUUCUGACUAAAAGACUGAAGACAGGGAGCUAGGUGAAAUGGCUUCCUGGUGCUGUUAAGUGUUUGGAUUCAACAGUCUUGUGUGACAGAUGAAAACAGGAAUAGGACGUAACGAAGCACACCUGUCUAGGGGCAGCAAUCAACAAUACGAGUAGAGGCUAAUCCCUGCUUGCCUGUGAUGGGUGAUGAGGCUUUUAGAGAUAUAUCAUACAGGGCGAUCUGUGGUGCCUUACUUUAUCUUAAUUUUUGCCAAUGUGAAAAUUAAGGAUAAAUCAGAGUACAGCAGGGAUUUAACAAACAGGAAAAAAUAAACACACAGGGUGGAUCAAUAUUGUUUGGAAACCGUUAAUGUCGAACUAUUGCGUUCAACUUUUGAUUCAACAUCUCUAUUCUUCCUUUGUUUUUGAUGCCCAAUUGCUUUCGGAUUUGGCAUUUUUAGAAAGGGAUGGAGGAAACAAUAGACAGAGCUGUUAGAAACCAGCACUGGCUGCUCGAGCUUUUCUAUGGCAACGGUCUGUUGCUGGGGUUUGGGUUUUCUGGGUUUUGGGUUGUUUUGUUUCGUUUUCUUGUCCAAUGAAGUUCAUGAACCAGUGGCAUGCAUCAUACUUUAAUCUGUUUUGCAUCAUUUCACUCGUUUAGAUUAUAAAAGCAUGUGGUUUUUUAUAUAUGACUUUUGCUGUUGAUUAUGAAGCACAAUGUUGAUAAAUGAUGUGGUGACCAAUAAGGUUUUAUCUUAAAGAAUGUAAAGAUUUUAGUUUGGGGAAAGUUAUUUUGGAGAAAUGGGACUCAGUCGGCAAAAGCUCCUAUGUAUUUGGUCAACAUUUUUCUCAAUCAUUUCUUUCCUUUGUGCAUUGGCAAGGAUGUUCAGAGUACCCCUCUGACCAUCCUUCCUUCCACACCAGCCAACUCCGCCUGCUAAACUGUAUUCCCAUUUCCAAGGUUACUGGCUGACUUGGGCCUCCUUAACACACUACUUCACAGGAACCAAAUGCCAAACGGAGGAAAUAAGUAGGUCCUCCCAGUUUCUCCAAGAUAAAGCUUUUUUAUUAUUGCUAUUAAUAUUAAAUAUAGGUCUCAUUCAUACAGUGUAUGAGUAGGAUCAUCAUUUGGACAAUGUCCACAAGGACCAAUUUUUAAAACCUGUUCUUGUGUUAUGCCUGAAUAGUCUAGUGAUGUUUUGUCCUUUAUUUUCAAUAUUUGAUGAACAUUUGAUGUUGAAAACUUAGAUGAUAGAUGCUUGUAUAUGAUUGUGUUGUUGUAAUAAAGUGAAGUUUUCUUGAUAUAUAUU